UGAUAUUUUUUAUUCAAGGCACAAAAUACUUUUUUCUUUCUUUUAUUCUUCUUUUUCUUUACAACUUCUUUUUUCUUUUUUGGUUCAAAAUAAAUGCUUUAUCUUACAAAUGAUUUAGGUUUGCUACCCUUUUUCCUUCCAUUAGGAAUUAUCGGAUUUUAUCGAUAUCUUUGGUUCUUUAUAAAAGUACUUGCAUGGAUAGUAUAUGAACCAGUCCAGCCCAAAGCCAACCCAACUUAUAUUCCAUCCCAAGAUGUCACCAUUAUUGUACCUACCAUUGAUGCUGGUGAAGAGUUUAAGAUUGCCGCUCGUAGUUGGCUCGCUUGCGAUCCUAAAGAAAUUGUCAUCAUCACCGAAGAGUCCAUGCGAGGACCACUAGAAGAUUUAGCCAACGAAGUUGAUCCCACCAAAAUUCGAGUAUUGACUGUCUCAAAAGCUAACAAACGUCUACAAAUGGUGGCCGGUGUCAAUGCUACCACCACCGAACUAUUGGUUUUUGCAGACGAUGAUGCUAUUUGGAAACCUACUAUGCUUACUUAUAUCCUUGCUUGUUUUGAAGAUUUAAAGAUGGGUGGUGUCGGAACUUGUCAAACAGUUCAUGCUGUCAAUCCAAAUGGUCAUCAAACCGUCUGGGAAGUACUCGCUGGCUUCCGUCUUACUAUUCGAAAUAUCGAGGUCGCGGCAUCCACUCAUAUUGAUGGAGGUGUUUGUUGUUUAUCAGGUCGAACGGCUGCUUAUAGAACAUUGAUUCUUAAAGACCCUGCUUUCCAAUUCGGUUUCCAAAACGAUCUCUGGUUAGGAAAAUACCCUUUAAAUUCUGGCGAUGAUAAAUUCUUGACUCGAUGGAUGGUCACUCAUGGUUGGAAUACAUUUGUUCAAGUCUGCCCAGAGGCAGAAUUAUUCUCUACCUUCAAAGAUAAUUGGAGAUUUAUCAAACAAGUUCUAAGAUGGACUCGAAAUACAUGGCGUUCUGAUUUCAGAUCAUUAUUUACAGAACGAAAGAUCUGGAGCAGACAUCCAUUUGUUGCUUUUACUAUGGUCGAUAAAAUCUUUAAUCCAAUCUCACUCUUGUCAGGUCCCAUUCUCGUCAUUAUCUUUGCUUUAGGUCAAGCUGCAAACGCAGGUCCAACUAACGCUCCUUUACCUAUCUGGAAUGUCAUCUUAUCUUAUUUUGGUUGGUUAUUACUGACAAGAGGCCUCAAAUUAUUACCACAUUUCUAUCGCAGACCUCAAGACGUCAUCCAUUUACCAGCGUGGCUCUUAUUUAAUUACUAUUUUGCUAUCAUGAAGGUUUAUGCACUAUUUACUCUCCAUGAAGUUGGAUGGGGAACACGUGCUGGUGUUGGCACCACGUUGGCUGCUGAUAUUGAAAAAGAAGGAAACGCAGAGCAAACACGACUAGAUAAUUUAAGCCAACAAGAGCACGAUGAAAAAGUGUCGGAUCAUGUCCAAUUAGACAUGUCUUAUACACCAGAUAGAAUCCUUGAUGUAAAUCCUAACCGCAACUAAACAAAAAACAAAAAAUUACACGCAUUAAUACACACACACACACAUAAAUUCAUAGUCAUCGUUAAUAUAUACCCCCUCUACCCUCCCAAAUUUGUAAUUCCAUCAUA